AUGAAGCCCUGCUCCACAUUCGUCACAUUGUGCUUGUUCACCUCGGCCAUCGCGGACUCUGUCCCGGAAGCUGGUCUCAACACUCGUGCCGCCCAGGACAUCAACGAGUGUCUCGGCCCAGAGGGCCUGGCCGACUUCCAAGACUGCUUCGACCUUGUGGCUUCGGUUGCAGAUAGUUCCACCCUAUCUCACGAAAGCGGCCAGGGCAUCAGUCUCGGGGAAUGUCAGAUGAUCUACUUGGACAGCGGGUUAGGCCCCACGCUCGACAAGGACACCUUUGGAAAUGCCGGCCUGGAGAUAUUGGACAGCUGUAAGGUUUGUCACUCUGAAGGAUUUGGGGACUUUGACAUGCCUCCUCUCAACCUGUCCGUUUGCUGA